AUGGAAGAAUCCCUAGAACAGUUCUUCGUUCUUGUAGGGCUGCUGGUGUGCCUGGCCUGCCUGGCAAAGUGCGUGAGAUUCUGCAAAUGUGUUUUACUGAGCUUCUGGAAGGUUCUGCCGAGGUCUUUCUUGCAGUCGAUGGGACAGUGGGCAGUGGUCACCGGAGCAGGAGACGGGAUCGGGAAAGCAUAUUCACUGGAGUUAGCCAAACACGGACUCAACGUUGUGCUGAUCAGCCGGACGCUGGAGAAGCUGCAUGUGCUUGCCCGGGAGAUCGAGCAAACCACCGGGAACCGUGUGAAGGUGAUACAAGCCGAUUUCACCAGAGAUGACAUCUAUGAGUCCAUUAGAGAAGAGCUUCAGGGCUUAGAAAUUGGAAUUCUAGUCAACAACGUUGGGAUGCUCCCGAACCUUCUCCCGAGCCGUUUCCUCAGUGUGCCGGGCGAGAUCCAGAGCCUCGUCCACUGCAACGUCACCUCUGUGGUCAAGAUGACACAGCUCGUUCUGAAACCCAUGGAAUCAAGGCGGAGAGGCCUCAUCUUGAACAUUUCUUCUGGGGUAGCCCUCUGUCCUUGGCCUCUGUACGCUCUGUACUCAGCUUCCAAGGCUUUUGUGCGCACAUUUUCCAAGGCACUGCAAGCGGAAUAUAGAGCGAAAGGAAUCAUUAUCCAGGUGCUGACCCCAUAUGCGAUCUCCACUCCAAUGACAAAGUAUCUGAAUACCAACAUGGUAACCAAGCGGGCCGACGAGUUUGUUAGAGAAUCACUGAAUUAUGUCAUGAUUGGAGAUGACACCUGCGGCUGCCUGGCCCAUGAACUCUUGGCCGGCUUCCUCAGCCUGAUCCCGGCCUGGGCCUUCUACAGCCGCCCCUUCCAAAGGUUCCUGCUGACGCGCUACACGGAUUACCUGAGGCAGAACGCGGGUGUCAAGUAGUCCAAGGCCUGCGUUGCUCCCUCCUCGCCCAGCUCUUGGCUGGCGGCAGGGACCAGAGGAGCUGGAGGCGGCCGGACUCAGAAGACCCCUCAAGCCCGGAGACCUCUGGGAGGCGGUGGCAUAAAACCACAGGUCGCACGAGGGAUCUGGAAGGUUUUAUGCCUGAGGGGGAGGUUCUGUGGGUGUCUUGGCAGAAGGUCCAGGGUGGGCUUUUUAAAUAAACACAGU